CGAGCCCGUUGGGGGUGGCUGAUGGCGGGCGGCUUGGAACUAGAGUCUCGGAUGUUCCAGUCGUAAUGGAUAAAGUUGUAGUAGUAAGUAGUAGUGUUGACGUGAUGAUGGGUAGAGGUAGCUCGGGAUGUGCAGUCGAAGUCACUCCGGAUCGGCCGCAGAGGUAUUAUUGUAGGUGGGGUGGGUCAGGUUACUGCACCCCUCAGGUUAUCGGAGUGGCCGGGCACCUCAGCGGCAGCAGCAGCCGCGCAUCAGAGACGGGAAUUGGCGACAAGAUGAUCCGUCUUUCUAUCACUCAGCUAUCGGAGGGCAACGGAUUGA